UGGCUGCUAUGCGAAUGAGCUGGGAGGAAAUGAUGUGGUAAUGGUCUUUUAAUUACACUCUCCAGACGCAGAGUUGCAGGGCUACUUCCUCCUUCAGGAUCUAUGGUUCUCGGCGUUAGCAGAACAAAAAGUUGAUCCAGUUAUUUGGUUUCCUGUCUCCAAGAAGUCGUGCAACCGUGCUUAUAGUAUCUUUGGAACAUGAAAGUCGCGGAAAGUUCUAAAACUUGAUGGAAGAACAUCUGUAAGGAGAUUGUUGAUAGAAUUUUGGGCAAAGGUAUCCACUCCACUGAUGGCUACUAAAUAGCUUUACUGCUGGAAAGCACUGUCUUGGAUCUCGCUUCUUAAAAAAAGAAAGCACUUACUUAAUAUUCUCUAUAGAGUUCUAUGAUGGUAGAUGGAGUCAUGAUUCUCUCUGUCUUGGUGAUGUUGGUCUUGCCCUCUUCCAGCAUGGAAGAAGAAGAAUUGAAGGUAAACACAAAACCCUAUGAGUGUGUUUGUGAGGGAAUGUCCUGUGGGAACAGGGAUCGCUGCUUUGGCCAGCAGUGUUUUUCCUCACUCAGUAUAAACGAUGGCACUUGGGUAUACCAGAAAGGCUGCUUUCAGGUUUACGAACAGGGAAAGAUGACCUGCAAAACCCCUCAUUCCACGGAACAGGCUGUGGAGUGCUGUCAAGGGACUUUGUGUAACCUAAACAUCACAGCACAACUGCCCCUAAAAGGAAAACCUCGACAAGGCGAAGCUCAGCGUUACAGUGUGACAACGCUGGCAAUCGUUGUUGUGGCCCCUGUCAUAGUGCUGAUAGUCCUAUCUGUGAUUGCUGUCCUGAGCUUCAGAUCAAUCCACCACAAUCAGAUGGAGAGGCUAAAUGCACGAGAUGCUGAGUACGGGACGAUAGAUGGAUUGAUAGCCUCAAACGUUGGGGAGAGCACUUUGGCAGAUUUGUUGGACCAUUCCUGUACAUCAGGCAGUGGAUCUGGUCUUCCUUUCCUGGUUCAAAGGACAGUAGCUCGGCAGAUUACUCUAAAUGAGUGUGUGGGAAAAGGCCGCUAUGGAGAAGUCUGGAGAGGACAGUGGCAAGGAGAAAAUGUGGCAGUGAAGAUUUUCUCCUCCAGAGAUGAAAAGUCCUGGUUUCGAGAGACUGAAAUCUACAACACUGUGCUGCUGAGGCAUGAAAACAUACUGGGUUUUAUUGCUUCGGAUAUGACUUCAAGAAACUCCAGUACACAGCUGUGGCUCAUAACACACUACCACGAAAUGGGCUCCCUGUAUGAUUACCUGCAGCUGACCACGCUGGACACGGUGGGCUGUCUGCGCAUAGCCCUGUCCAUAUCCAGUGGCUUGGCACAUCUGCAUGUAGAGAUCUUCGGAACCCAAGGAAAGCCUGCCAUUGCACACCGGGACUUAAAAAGCAAAAACAUCCUGGUUAACAAGACUGGGCAGUGCUGUAUAGCAGACUUAGGUCUUGCGGUGAUGCAUUUCCAAGAUACUGAUGAGUUAGAUGUGGGAAAUAACCCCAAGGUUGGGACCAAGAGGUAUAUGGCACCAGAAGUUCUAGAUGAAACCAUCCAGGUUGACUGCUUUGAGUCUUACAAGAGAGUCGACAUCUGGGCGUUUGGGCUUGUCCUGUGGGAGGUUGCCAGGAGGACAGUUAGCAAUGGUAUUGUAGAAGACUACAAGCCACCCUUUCAUGAUGUUGUCCCAAACGACCCCAGUUUUGAAGAUAUGAAAAAGGUUGCUUGCAUUGACCAGCAAAGGCCAAACAUUCCUAAUAGGUGGUUUUCAGAUCCGACUUUAACAUCUGUUGCCAAGCUUAUGAAGGAAUGUUGGUACCAGAAUCCCUCUGCAAGGUUAACUGCACUGCGCAUCAAAAAGACACUGACAAAAAUCGACAACUCCUUGGAUAAAGUCAAAGCUGAUUGCUGAACUCUUUAGCACCAAGUGGCACUAUAAGGGCUUCAUGAAGCGCACAAGUGUUUCGCUUGGAAACAAGACAUGGGAUCGGUCCCGGCACAGUGCUCUAUAGCGGCACAGAUUAUUUAUUUUAACAACCUGAUGGGAGAAAAGUUUGGCAUCCAGAGAUGGCUUUUUGGGCAUUUAAAAAGGCUGUAAAGAUUUGGUGAUAAUUUGCUGACUACUGUCAGUUCACAUCCAUAGGAACUUGUAUAAUUGUCACAUUCUUCAAGGAAGAAACUGUCACCUGGGCAUUGAAUAAUGACGUUUGGUUGUCUUAGACACUACUUGGGUAAAACUAAUAACUGAACUGCUAUUUCAAUGAGCAAUAUGGUCUGUGCUUCUCUACUUUAUUGCACUAGCAGUCUUUGCAUUCCUUACUUGCACUGUUACUGAUGCAUUGUAAAAGAAAAUGACUUGCCAAAAAUGGAUUGGUUGUAUAUCCCACUAACACCGUAUCUUAGAAAUAUCAAGAACUGAGAGACUGAAAAGAAACAAUAAUUAGUUAUUUUAUUUUAGCAGCAUUUCUUGCACUGGUGUUUACAUUAUUGUUGGAAAGUAGAUUUUCUUGGUAUUCUUUAUAAAAUGUAUUUAUUGCUAAUGCACUGAUUAGUUGUAAAAUGGUGCAGCAGUUUAAGCUACUUUCUUUGUGUCUUUCUUGCUUCAUAAUACAACAAAUGACGUAUGCAGUCUUUAAUGUAAUCUAUUUUGUAUAUCACAUUACAGUCCAUGCAUUAUGUAUCUAAUGUUUUUUUUUUUAUUUUUUUUUUUAUAAGCUUUAUUGAGUUCAGAGGCUAAGAGUAAAAAACACUCAAUUUAUAAUUUAUACAUGUGAAAACAAUCUAUUAAAAUAAGGUUCAAGGUUUUCAAGCCUGUGGAGGUGCUUUGUCUUAAAAUCUCUAACAUAUGUGCAUUGUAAACUUACACAUUUUAGAAUUUACUCAACAUUUGAUAUUUAGUAGCCCAUUUGUAUAAAUUAAAUAGAAUGUUUGCAACCGA